GUAAGCUUUUCCAGUCACAUACUGAUUAUCCGGUUGAAAAUUAGAGCAACGCGCGUCCCCCGCACCGGAAGUUAAGGUGGAGCGGUUGACGUUGGUGGUGAUCACAGCAGGACUGAACCGGCAAAGACGAUACCGGGGGAGGGAGUGGAGCCGGUGAACGAGUAGAAACAAUCAGCCAUCUACGGAGAGUAACGCUGAUGACUGUUUUUCAAACUUUCAGAGACACGCUUGUUUUGCUCAGAACUCUGUGACUGCAGCGGACCUCCGGCCUCUUCCCGUGCUGGAUAUUGGCUCGGUUGCUGUGGGGUUGGAGGAGCCGAGCAUUCAGGGAUCCCGGUGUGUGAAACGUGAACAGUGUGAACAGCUCUAUGUGUGUGACAAUGGGGGACAUCAGCGACCUGGACCGACAGAUAGAGCAGCUCCGACGCUGUGAGCUCAUCAAGGAAAAUGAAGUGAAAGCACUGUGUGCCAAAGCCAGAGAGAUUCUGGUUGAAGAAAGCAACGUUCAGAGGGUAGACUCUCCUGUCACAGUGUGUGGAGAUAUUCACGGACAGUUCUAUGACCUGAAGGAGUUGUUCAGAGUUGGCGGUGACGUUCCAGAGACAAACUACCUGUUCAUGGGGGACUUUGUGGACCGUGGCUUCUACAGCGUGGAGACUUUUCUUCUGCUGCUAGCUCUUAAGGUCCGUUACCCUGAUAGGAUAACCCUAAUCCGAGGAAACCACGAGUCCCGGCAAAUCACCCAGGUCUAUGGGUUCUACGACGAGUGCCUCCGCAAAUAUGGCUCCGUCACCGUGUGGAGAUAUUGCACAGAGAUAUUUGAUUACUUGUCGCUUUCUGCUAUCAUUGAUGGAAAGAUCUUCUGCGUGCAUGGUGGCCUGUCUCCUUCCAUCCAGACACUGGACCAGAUCAGGACCAUUGAUAGGAAACAGGAAGUGCCUCAUGAUGGGCCCAUGUGUGACCUUCUGUGGUCAGACCCUGAAGACACCACAGGGUGGGGGGUGAGUCCUAGAGGAGCCGGCUACCUGUUUGGGAGUGACGUGGUGGCUCAGUUUAACGCCGCCAAUGACAUCCACAUGAUAUGCCGGGCCCACCAGCUGGUCAUGGAGGGCUACAAGUGGCACUUCAAUGAGACGGUCCUCACUGUGUGGUCAGCACCCAACUACUGCUACAGGUGUGGAAACGUGGCAGCCAUCUUGGAGCUCGACGAGCACUUACAGCGAGAGUUCAUCAUAUUCGAGGCGGCACCGCAGGAGACCAGAGGCAUCCCUUCCAAGAAGCCAGUAGCUGACUAUUUCCUGUAAAGUCUUUGAACAGCCAGCCAUCACGUGUCAAAUUCUGGUACCAUUGAACACCAAACACCCUCCAUCCUGCUGCCGGACCAUUCUCUCAGCCUGAACUCGAAGCAGACAGAAAACCCGCCCGAUCCUGCAGAGCUCUCGCACAGCUGCAGUCUGAAGAGCUGAAUUUUUUGCCCGAGCCUGACGGAUGAAUCGCAGUGAAAAGUGGAAGGGAGUGGCAGAUCCUGGGCCCAUGACUGUUGUUGCUUCUUCUCAUUUGUUUGGGGGUUGCUCUUAAGCCUUCAGCCAACUUCUUCCGUCUGUGUCCCUCCUCAUUCUGUGUAGAUACAACCUUCUUUUCAGCUCAACUCUUUUCUAGUGUUCUUUUUAUUUUUUAUGACUAAUAUUCUCAUUUAGUUUUAGAAUUUUUUUGGAUGGAGCAAUUAUUUUUCUUUUUCAGAGAUAUACAGCUGUAGGAGAUUUUACAAAUUUUAUCAGUUAAGGAAGUCCUUCAGUGCAUUUAUUGUCUUUGACUUUGUAUAACUGUUGCUGAUGGAAGAAAAUACAAAAUGCCCCUCUUCCAUUUAUUUUUCUUCCGUUUUUGUCUGUCAUCUGUUGCGUGCGUUAUUUACCAUUCUAAGUGCUGCUGCUCAGCACCAUUACAAGUAAACGCCAGAUGUGUAACUAACUUAAGAAAAGUCACAAUAUUCUUUAUUUUUCCCCUCUUAAUUCAUUUUAAUCUCUGGGUUGCUCUAGCUCUGUCAAUUUUGAUAUUGUGAAAAUAAAGUUUUGUAUCAAUACUGA